AUGCAGGACAAGGGUAGCCUCAACGCAACCUUUAUCACCAUUUAUGACAACAUUGUGAAGAGGGUGGAAGAUGGGGAAGACCUCGAUGUUGCUGCCAAGGAUGAAGUGAAGGCGAGCAGGUUCAAGAUCUCCAGCAUUUGGGCAGAGGUGCUUCGUGAAGUGGGACAAGGUGACAAGGGCUUGGAGUGCCAGGAUGAGGAGGCACUGGCGAAGUCCCAGGCACAGGAUUUCGCACAGGCUCUGACCGAUGCCCUGAUUCUUGCCAACAGUGACCUGUCAGAGGAGGUUUUGAUGGAGGCGAAGGAAACAGUUGCUGCAGGAAUGGAGGAGGAUUUCGAAGAGGCAGUGGCUGCAGCAUGUGGCAUCUCAGGCUUUUCAAUCGGCCCAAAAUUCAAGUUUGCUCUACGGCUGGUUGAGCCAGUUACUGAAGGUUACGUGGUUGCUCUUGGAGGGGGUAAAAGCGAUGGAGUACGAUCAACCCCAAGAAGGAUUCCCAGCGAUGAAGUGUCUUCUACAUCAACAUCCACAACUGGAUCUGGAUCCGCAUCGGCAUCUACAUCAACAUCUGGAUCUGGCUCGGCAUCAGCAUCGAGUUCUGCUUCUGCCUCUGGAUCAGGAUCUACAUCUGCAUCAACAUCCAUGUCAUCGAGCACCGACUCAGCCUCCAGAAUGACUCCCACCGUGAAUGGCGCUGAUGGAAGGUGCAGAAGGCAGUUCAUUGUGUGCUGCCUCAAGAGGAAGAUUCUGUCUGGCGAAUGUGACUGCAUUGCUGGAAGGGACAGGGGCAGCGCCAGGACAUCAGGUUGCUCCAAAAAGUUGCCUUCACUAAGUUGCCUAAGCUGGAUUGCGAGGACGCACGUCAUGUUUCGAAACUCGAUUUGA